AUGUCUGAAGUAUCAGAAGAAGUCAGGGCCGCUACGAAGCCAGUCAUUGAAGAAAGAGUUUAUGUUGGUAACGUUGAUUACAAGGCUACUGAGGAGGAAGUGAAGGAGUUGUUCAAGGAUUUGAAAGUGUAUGUGUUGAACCUACAAAGCUGGAGGAUAAACCUGCCUAUCCCCCCCCUACCAGGGAUAGGUAGAAGUGUGGGGUGUGGGGGGUGAGGAUGUGUGACCGAUUGAUCAUUGAAUACUAACUUUAUCAAUUUUUUUUUUUUUUUGUUCAGCACUGAGGUUGAAAUCCCAUUCAAGGAGAGAACCAGAAAUGACGAGACUUUCAAAUUGCACUUGGGUUUUGCAUUUGUUCAAUUUGAGUCCAAGGAAGAAGCCGACAAGGCCAUAGCCGAGUACAACGGCAAGAGAUUGCAAAGGAGAAACAUUUUCCUCAAAAAGGCUGUGCCUCCACCUACGGAGGAAGAAAGAAAAGUCAAGAAUGAAGCAUUCAAGGCCAAGAGAGAAGAGCUUCAGAAAACCAGAAAGCAAAAGAAGGAAGAAGCGGCAGCAGCAAAGAAGCAGGCCAAAGAGGGCGCCGCCGGCGACAAUAGUGACGCCAAGGACGAGUCCAGCAAGUCCAAGUCUCCUUCGUCAAAAGCUGCUCCCGAUGGCGAAAAGUCCAAGGAUACCGUGUUUGUCACCAACUUGGAGUACAAGGUCAAUGCCAAGGUCUUGUCCAAGGUGUUUGAGGAAUUGAAACCCAAGUGGAUCCACGUUCCAGUAAGAAGAGUCCACCAAAAGACUCCCGAAGGUGCUCCAAAGAGAAGACCGUUGAACAAGGGUAUUGCCUUUGUCAAGUUUGCCGACGAAGAAACUCAAAAGAGAGCCGUGGCCGAAUUCAACGGCAAGGAUGUCAAGGGCAGAGAAAUGAUUGUUGACUUUGCCGUCAACUCGAAAGUGCCAGAAAAGGGAACAGACGACACCGGCGACGAGGAAAAUGGCGAAAAUGGCGAUGCUAAUGGGGAAGACUCUGUUGCUACUGAAAAUGGAAACUGA